AUGUUUAAUAUUCAUGGGUUUUUUUUAGGUAUUACUUGUGGUCGUACACGCAUCCCUGUUUUAGGAAAACUUGGGACUUUUGAAACUUGUUCCCUAAGACGAAUUCCUCUGAGAAACUUUUCAGAAACACCAGCAUAUUUUGCUUCCAAGGAUGGUGCAAGCAAGGAUAGUUCUGGAGAUGGAAGCAAGAAGUCUGUCGGUGAGGGGGGUGGUAAGAAGUCAAGCUCUGGAAGCUCUGGGAAAGGAGGGAACCAGCUGCGCUGCCCGAAGUGUGGUGACUUGUGCACGCACGUGGAGACCUUUGUGUCUUCCACCCGCUUUGUGAAGUGUGAAAAGUGUCACCAUUUUUUUGUUGUACUGUCAGAGGCAGACACAAAAAAGAGCAUCAUUAAAGAGCCCGAGUCAGCAGCAGAAGCUGUGAAAUUGGCAUUCCAGCAGAAGCCACCACCUCCACCGAAAAAGAUCUAUAACUACCUCGACAAAUACGUUGUUGGUCAGUGUUUUGCCAAGAAGGUGCUUUCAGUUGCUGUGUACAAUCACUACAAGAGAAUCUACAAUAAUAUCCCAGCUAACCUGAGACAGCAAGCAGAAGUUGAAAAGCAGACUUCUUUAACACCAAGAGAAUUAGAAAUCAGAAGACGGGAGGAUGAGUACAGAUUUACAAAACUACUGCAGAUUGCUGGAAUCAGUCCACACGGCAAUGCUUUAGGAGCAUCAAUGCAGCAACAAAUGAACCAGCAGAUACCUCAGGAAAAACGGGGAGGAGAAGUACUAGAUUCACCUAAUGAUGACAUAAAACUUGAAAAAAGUAAUAUUUUGCUGCUUGGACCAACUGGAUCAGGUAAAACCUUGCUGGCUCAAACUCUAGCUAAAUGCCUAGAUGUACCUUUUGCUAUCUGUGAUUGUACUACUUUGACUCAAGCUGGCUAUGUUGGUGAAGACAUUGAAUCUGUUAUUGCAAAACUCCUGCAAGAUGCCAACUACAAUGUAGAAAAAGCUCAGCAAGGAAUUGUUUUUCUGGAUGAAGUAGAUAAGAUUGGCAGCGUUCCUGGUAUUCAUCAGUUACGGGAUGUUGGAGGAGAAGGUGUUCAACAAGGCUUGUUAAAAUUGCUAGAAGGUACAAUAGUAAAUGUUCCAGAAAAGAAUUCUCGUAAACUACGUGGAGAAACAGUGCAGGUCGACACGACAAACAUCCUCUUUGUAGCUUCUGGUGCUUUUAAUGGUCUUGACAGAAUUAUCAGCAGGAGGAAAAAUGAAAAAUACCUAGGAUUUGGGACACCAUCUAAUAUGGGAAAAGGCAGAAGGGCUGCAGCAGCAGCUGAUCUUGCUAAUAUAAGCGGAGAGUCCGAUCCACAUGAAGAUAUUGAAGAAAAGGAUCGUUUGCUGCGUCAUGUGGAAGCCAGGGAUCUCAUUGAGUUUGGCAUGAUUCCUGAGUUUGUGGGACGUUUGCCUGUUGUGGUUCCUUUGCACAGCCUAGAUGAGAAAACCCUUGUACGGAUUCUCACUGAGCCACGAAAUGCUGUGGUUCCUCAAUACCAGGCACUAUUCAGCAUGGAUAAGUGUGAAUUAAAUGUAACUGAAGAUGCGUUGAAGGCUAUAGCCAGACUGGCCCUGGACAGAAAAACUGGUGCAAGAGGUCUUCGAUCUAUAAUGGAAAAGCUGUUGCUGGAGCCCAUGUUUGAAGUGCCCAAUUCUGACAUCGUAUGCGUGGAAGUUGACAAAGAUGUUGUAGAAGGCAAAAAAGAGCCAGGAUACAUUAGGGCUCCCACUAAAGAUUCAUCUGAAGAAGAAUAUGACUCUGGCGUUGAGGACGAAGGCUGGCCUCGACAAGCAGAUGCUGCAAACCAUUAAAUACUGUCAGAAUGCUCGCCUGCAUAAAGCGCACUUGGUUGUUUCCUUACGAUUUCCUCUGGCUUCAGUCUGAUACUAAAGGCAUUGGAUCUAUCUCGGCUAUGAUACGUGAUGAGGAACUUCAUUAGAUAAAUCAGAUUGUGUAUUUUGUUGCAACAUCACAUUGAUUUAUUUGAUGGACAUUGUGUGGACUUGGAUGGCAUAAUGUUCAAAUAUGAAUUGUAUAUUACACUUGUUCAAUUAAAAUGUAUAGCAAAUAUAGCAGCACCUGGAUUGCUUUUUCUAGGAAUUUAAACAGCAAUGCAGAUGCUGCCAGUAGUUAGAUUUUACAAUAAUGUUACUCUACAAAUGGGAAAUCAAGAUUAAUAAUUAGUAAAGGGUGAAUAAACUAUUAGCUCCUCAUACGAUGCGCGGAGGGGGUUACGUUCAGGUCAGUGUUAGAUUUCUGCUGGUGUUUGAAACCCGGUGGGUGCUGGAGUGACUUGUUACAUUGGUGGGGGAGGAAGCCCUUGCAAAAGGGUUUUUGAAAAACUGGGACACGCUUUAUGCCACUGCUGGGAGAUUUUUCUAAAAUGUGACACUAGUUUGUUACAGUAAUUUGAAUGCAAUAUCAAAUAAAAGCCUUUCCUUCACCUCCCCGUUAGGAGUAAGGGUCGGUCACCUUGAAUACUGUGAAAGAAGGCAAAGUCAGUAAUUUGCUCAUUUUUUCCAGAGGGGUAAACAAGAUUUCUAGAAAGUGGUAAGCCAUCUGAAUUUGGACGAGAGGUUGACAUAAAUUUUUAAAUAUUAAUGUUCUAAUAUAGUACAUUUUGUUUAACGUAUUGGAACUAUCAUGCAUCAAUUUUUUGGUGCCAGGUAUUUGCCCAACCUAUCUUAUAAUGUUAAGAGAUGAAAGAAGUAAAUGUGUAAUAUUUUUGAUGUAAUCAGUAGUGAUUGUUCACAUGACACAGUGCUUUUUAAGUUAUAUGCUGAAAUGCUAGUAUUGCAUCUUGUGGUUUUGUCUUUGAUUUUUAGUCUUGCAGCAGAGCGAUUCUCCCUCUUCUGUUCUACACCAAAACUAAUUCAAUCCUUUAGGAAAGUCUUU